AGUGGCAGGGCAGAGACCAGUCGUGCAAGGGUUUUCCCGGAGUUGACGGGCGAAUGGGUGAUGAAAAAAGGUUAAAGUGGGCGGCAUAUUAGCGUUACAAUCACCCAUAAACCCGCAACCUCCUCCAUCUCCCCCGAAAAACCUGCAGACCCCCGUCUAAUCCCCAAACCCCGACUCCCCGCGCGUGUAACCAAUGAUCUCCCCUCGAAGACCCCAAAAAUGCUGACGCAAGUGUUUUAAUUGCCCCCCAAAACCCCGUGAUACCCUCAACAACCGAGUGAUCAGUGCAUAGGACAAUAAAUUCGGGACUGUUUAGUCCCAACAAUCGCCGAUAAAAGUGGUUACGUACCUGACGACAGUGCGCGGAGGGGCAGGGAAGGGGGGGGAGGACAGGAGAGCGCGUGCAAAGGUGAGAGUCGUGAAGCGUUCGCAUUAUCAACAACAAUGGACGGUAGCUCAAAACAGCCAUCGUCGGACGUAACGGCAAUGGAUAAUGCGAGUGGCAAUAAAAGUGAUAACAAUACCCACUGCACAAGCCAAAAUAAUGCAGCGACAAACGAUCGCGAUACAGAAACAACCAAAGUAUCAGCCCCAAUGUCUGUGACAUCAUUCAAUGACACGAGUUACUGCACGGCUGGUUCAAGUGGCAGUGAAAAAUUACCGACAAUUAAAACAAUUGAUAUUAAUGAUAAAAAUGUGCAUUAUCCGACUGGUGGAGUUGUCACAACACCAAUAUCACCAGCAUCACCACCGGGGUGUGGCUGUGUGCCUGUUGGUAUACCCAUUAUUGAUAAUGACCAAAUAACGUUAAGCAUAACACCAACGACCGGGGGAUUGUUCGAUAUCACGGUGGAGAGGAAUGAGACCAUUGAGAAUCUCAAGAAAAUUAUAUCCAAGAGGCUCAAAGUCCCGAAGGAGAGAAUUUGUUUGCUUCAUCGGGAGAGACAGCUGAGGGAAGGCACACUCAAGGAAAAUCGUCUGCAGGAUGGCAGCCGAUUGACUCUACUCCCCAGCGUGGAGACCGGUCUCAUGGGCCAACGCCCAGAACAGAGUGUAAUGCAAGCACUCGAGUCGUUGAAUGAUUCCCAGGUGAACGACUUCCUGUCUGGCAUAGCCCCCUUAAACCUGACAAUGCGUCUCGGUGAUCAGAUGAUGUUAAUCCAGCUGCAACUGUCAACAGUGACACCGACAACGCCAGUUGGUGCACCAGGACAAUCCGGUGUCCAACGAUCAUCCCAAACAGCCAGCAGUGACGGCAGUGAGACGUGUGGCUCGUCCUCAUCAUCAGCCUCAACAUCACCAGUAUCAAGCACAAAUGACUCGAGCCACAGACGAGGUGGCGAACCCUUGGGGCGCAGCAUGAGGAUCACAAAGCAGAGUGGAAGCAGUGGAAACACAUCGUCGUUGAUCAGCAGUUUGGCAUCAGCACUGCAGGCAGCCAGCUGCAGCACAAGCCUGUCGACAGCAACAACAACGACAAAUCCCUGCACAAGUGAUCGUUCAAUGUCGUCACCAUCGUCAUCCGGGAGUCAGUGCGACACAGGUGCAACACCAGACUCACCAAAUUCCACCAGAGCAUUCUGGCAUCGUCGACCCUUCUCCCAUUACCGUCACAAUCAUCAUCAUCAUCAUCACCAUCAUCACCAUCAUCAUCAUCAUUAUCAUUAUCAUCCGAGAAACAAGCAGGUCUCGUGUGAUAGCCAAGCUACCUCAGCAAGCCUUAACGAGACGCCUCCACUGUCGCCGAAUCAACAGAGUCAGGACGCGAGAUCGUGCACUCCACCAAAGAAGAAGAUUUGUACGAUGGGACAUCAUCAUUAUCAUCAGGGGGAGGAUAAUCAGGGUGCGGGGGGUGAGGCCAGUGCACAGGGGAGUGGUGGGGCAAUCGGUGGGAGCGAGAGGGUCGCUGCUACACUGGAUACCAGGGCACUUGCUGAGGCCUCCAGGAAUCUCACCCAGAAAUUGAAACAGCUGUCUUCUGAGGUACUUACCUCGCGGGUCGACCUCGCCGAGGAACACGCACGACGCAGACAAGGUGCAAUCAUCGAGAGCAUGCAUCACCAUGGAAAGGGGGUUUAUUCGGGGACCUUCAGUGGUACUCUGAACCCAGCCCUCCAGGAUCGCAAUGGGCGCCCAAAGCGCGACAUAAGCACAAUUAUCCACAUUCUGAACGACUUACUCUGCGCAACACCGGCAUCAGGGGUCACGAGUGUUGGUUACUACAGAUCAUCACAUCAUCACAGACAUUCCAGUGGUCGUCAGCAGUUGCCUGGUGGAUCCACGGGGUCUGGAGGCCAAAAUGUUGAGAGUCCUCCCGAGAAUACCCCCACUUAUUCCAUGGAAGAGCUCUCGAAGGAGAACGAAGCAACAAAAGGAAAGAUGCGUCGUCUCCGUCUGGUGAUGGAGCAACGUCGUGCAAAGAGAAAAGCCAGAAGACAAGCCCGAGCAGCGCCCUACACAACCCAGUGGGCAGCUGUGACUCCAACGCCCGCAGGAGCCCACGACCCCAACACAACAGCCUCAUCGAGCAGUGCUAACGCAAAGGAGCCCCAGAAUGAGACCGAAGCCACGACUGGUCCAGUGGUAGCUUGAAAAUUAUCCAUCAUCGAGCGGCUCUCGCUGCUACGGUAGUUCCACCCAAUUUAAAAAAUGAAAAAUUAAAAAAAAAAUGAAAAAAAAAACAAACAAGGAAAAAAUUUUGAAAUCCACCUGCUUCGAACUUAUCGAUUCGCUCAUGUAUCUCCAUCCCAAUAUAGUUGACAAUAAAUUUAAGGUGGUGUUUUAUUUUAAUUAAGAAUAAUUGUUUAAUCUUCAUCAGUACAUUGUUGAUUUUGUAAGUGACAUGUGACCUCUGGGAACUGCAUCUUAAUGACUGUGUAAUCAGUGCAAUGAUUUAUUCAACUUGCUUAAUUAAAAAUGCAAGGGCCAACUGGCGUUUUAGAAAAUAUUCUGUAAUCAAUUAAUGAGGGAAUCGUCGCCGUUUGUAAACGAGCAAUUUAAUGGAUAUUAUUUAGUGUCCAUGUCCCCCAUUACGAUUAUUAAAUAAUUCACGAUAAUUCAAUUAAAUUUGUUGGGGGACGGUUCGAUGUAAUUGGACGAUUUAAUCUAGGUUUUUGAAGUGUAAAGAAAUUAGAUACAUUUGAGUUAUUGGUAUUUGUAUUAAUUCGUCGAUUGUUGAUGAUUUGAGGGGAGACUGCACUGAAUUUUUUUGAUUGCAGGGGUCUUUGUUUAUUGUGGUGAUGAGGUACUUCUCUUUUAAUGUAAAAAAUGAGAAAAAAUUGUUUUCAUUUUUUCAUUGAUUGAAUCUUGAAGUGUCGACGCUAUUCUCAACUGAUUCACACAUACAGAAUAUAUUCGUAAAUGUAGGGAAAGAUGGGGCAAAGUGGAAUGAUUGUUAUCGACUCAAGAUUUCUGUAUCAUUAGUUAUAAACAAAGGUAUCAAAAUUUUAAGUCGAUGAAUUUGGUUUUUUGAAAAUCGUUUUUUAGGUUUUUGCCAUUUUUUCUCGACAUUACUAGAGGUGAAAAGUCAUUGG